AUGAAAUUAGAAGAUUUGGACGAUAAUGCAGUUGUCAUUUCCGGAAUAUCCGGAAAAUUUCCGAAGAGUGACAAUAUCAACGAGUUAAUAAAGAAUCUAAUGAAUGAAGAAGAUUGCUUGACUUCGGAUCAUGCGAAAUGGAAGCUAGAUUUAGAUGAAGUUCCACUUCGAGUGGGACUAAUCCCUUCUAUACAGAAAUUCGAUAACGUUUUUUUUGGAAUUAAUACAAAACAGACAAACUUUAUUGAACCAGCAGCCAGAUUAGCAACAGAAAGUACUUUCGAAGCGAUCACUGAUGCCGGAAUAAAUCCUUUACAGCUACGGGGCAUGAAAACAAAUGUUUACGGGGCAUUAACUAUAACCGAGUCAGAUAAAUCUCUUUUUUACGAAAAAUUAGAACAAAAUGGACUUAAUCUACUUGGGUCUUGCCGUGCUAUGCUAUCAAACAGGAUUUCGUUUUCUAUGAAUUUGAUUGGCUCCAGCUGCACUAUUGAUGCAACUUGCAUAUCAAGUUCAGUAGCUAUUCAGAAAGCGUAUGAAGCUUUAAAGGCCGAAAAUUGCGAUUACGCGAUUAUUACUAGUGGAAUGUUAAUUCUGCAUCCUCACACAUCUUACCACCUGUCUGAAUUAGGUUUGUUGUCAGACGACGGGGUAAAUAGAUCUUUUGAUAAGAAAGCUUCUGGAUUCUCGAGAAGCGAGUCGAUAGGAGCUAUUUUUCUUCAAAGAGCGAAACACGCAAGGCGUAUUUACGCCGAGGUCGUUAAUAUUUGUCUUUCGUAUGGUAAAUCAAUUCCAAGAAACCAUUGUAUGUUCCCUACGGCCGAAUUUCAGGCGCAAUUAAUGAAGAAGACGUUGAAAGACUGCGGUCUAAAACCAAGCGAUGUAACUUACAUUGAAGCUGAUGGCACAGCGAUCAAAUUAAUGGAUCGCGAAGAAUUAAAGGCAAUUGAUCUUGUAUAUGGUAAAGAUCGAAGUCCUUCUAAACCUCUCCUGAUAGGAUCAAUUAAGUCAAACAUUGGUCAUACAAUCAAUAAUAAUACAAUAAAUUCGAUCAUAAAGGUAAUAAUUGCUAUGGAGACUGGAGUUCUACCUCCGAAUCUUCAUUAUGAUAAGCCUCCGGAAGAUGCGAAAUGCCUUCAGGAGGGACGAGUAAAAGUCGUUACAAAAAAAACACCUUGGAUGGAUAGAUAUGCUGCCAUCAACACAGCCUCUUGUAAUGGGUGUUUCUCUCACAUUAUCCUAAAACGUAAUUUAAAAGAGAAGCAGAGGAAAGAGAUUUCACUAGAUACAAUGCCACGACUUUUUGUAGCUUCUUGUCGAACUAAGGAGAUGAUAUCGGCAAUCUUUAACGUCGUAAUGACUUUAUUUUACAAACGAAUUAAUUAA